GAGUCAAGUGGAGAGAAUAUUAUUACUUUGCUCUCCCCACCAUAAUGAUCCUGUCCCUAGGCCCUGUAGUGUGAAGUGAUCUCAGCAGCGUCAUAUCCUGUGCACUCGAGUUCACUGUUUACUUCGUUACCAAUUUUUUUCGUGACCAAUUAUUUUCCAACACCCAGCACCCUUUUAUGAUAACCAGAUUAUCCAAUUGAAUUUGAAUUUUCCAGACAAUUUCACCAAAUGGCUGUCACCAAAACGUUUGAGUUCUCCUUUCGAGAUGAAAACAGGGAGAAAUCACUCAGCGUUCCCAUUCAACUGCCAUUUGGUGGUCAGAAACGCGAUUUCAUGGAAAGGCUGAUGCUGGCACACAAGUUACCUGCGUAUGUGAAGUCGAGUCUUGAAGAGCAGCUGUUGUUAUUCGUGAAGAAGGAGACCCAGCAGAUUCAAGAUGAGGAGUCGGAGAAAAUGCUGGACGCGUUAGCAAGUGGGAAAAAAGCAAACAAUCUUGGAAGCAUAGAAGACGAGUGGGUAGCCAAGUAUGUUGCAGAACAUGCUGCUUGUUCUGGCAGUGUUGAACAAAGUGAAGAGGCAGCAUUUGCCCAAGUGUACUACUCACUUAUUCACUCGCCAGCACUGAAUACUCUGCUGCAGUUGGAACACUCGUACGCAUCAAACGUUGAGCAAGAGAUCAUCGAAAUGGAAAGAUCCAGGGCAAAGAUGCAAGAGAGGCACUCAGCUGAAGUGGAAAGGGCAGUUGCCCAUCUGGGGACGAAAGUGACAGAUCAAGACAUCAAUCGCUUGACAUCAAAGCACUUUGAAGAAACCGAGAUGUUUGAGACACAGUGCGUGAGCUCGCUGAGUGGUCUUGUGGACAGUCAGAGGCAAGAGUAUAGAGACUGGGUCGCCAGUGUACAGCAUGACUCUCUGGGAUCCAUCUCGGCUCGUCCAACGGAGAGAAGCCGUGCUCGUCACAGCAGGCAGCCGUCCAGGGAACCUCAAAGUGCUCCACCCAGAGCGCCUGUGCUGGAGGAGAGCUUCACAAUCCACCUUGGUGCGCAGAUGAAGACCAUGCACAACCUACGGUUGAUCAGCUGUGAUGUGCUAGACCUUUGCCGCCAUCACCCGCAAGGCGGAGAUGGCGGGUUAUCACCGCAGCGCAUUCAGACAGCCAUGACACUGUAUUCAUCGUCCCUGGCUGGCAUGGUCCUACUCGUCGACAACCGAAUUAACUCUUUCGUCGGAAUAAAGAAAGAUUUUGCUGAGAUUUGCAAGAGGUCAACUGAAUUCCACUUCCCGGAACUGGACAAGCAACUAGAUGCUAUUCGAGAAGGAGUUUUGCCGCUGCAUCAGAAUCGAUCGACCGUUGGCUCUCAAGCAGUCAGUCCCAGCUCGAGUGGAACAAGUACACCAGCAGUGUCACCAAGUGGACUCACCACAGACUCCCAGCAAUCGCCUGAUGAUGCCCUUCUACGGCACUCCAGCAGUAGCGAUAGCCGAGGCUUAAAAAAUUCAAACGUCACACUCCGAACAGGUGACUUCUACGUAACUCGUCACAGUAAUCUCUCUCAGGUGCAUUGUGUGUUCCACUUGGCGGUGGAUGACAGCGUGCGCAGCAAUCAGCUGUCCAGCCGUCAGCCGUGCAUUGUUGGCCUGCGCAAUGUCCUGCACCAUGCCGCCAUGCACAACGUCUUCAACAUCAGCGUGCCACUGUUGCUUUCACACGAGAUGACAGAGGAGAUGACACUGCAGUGGUGCCUGAAGCGAGCAGAAAUGGUGUUCAAAUGUGUCAAGGGUUUUAUGAUGGAAAAUUCUUCGUGGAGUGGCACAGAGACCAGAACGAUUCAAUUUGUACUACCGCCGGGCAUAUCGGAUAGUGUCUUCACGCACUUCACCGCCAUGCUUCCGAACAUAUUCCGUGUAGCCAACGCACUGGAUCUACGCUGAUCGACUUCUUGCUGGUUGGUGGAUCGUAUCUGACCGCCCUAGGGCGUGUUGCUACACCGCACACAUCUAUCAUGCGACAUGUUCCUCCUCGCACACAACUACACACACUCUUCUCAUCACUCAACAUUUUUUUCUUUUUCUUAAUUUUAAUUUUUAUAUUCUAAAAAAAAAGCAUAUGAAGCAUACGGAACAUCAUGAUAACCUCUUGAAAAUGGCUAUGCCCCAAAUUAGUUAUAGGUGACAUAUUCUUCAUUUAGGGAGACUCCUGGAGAGUGCUUCAUUUGUUUAAUUUUUUAGGCAUCAAAUAAAAUCAGUACAUUCAUAGAUAACAUCACUCACAGUCUCACAGAAGAUCGACUCGCAAAGAAUCAUUUUCAGUGUCUGCAUAAUAUUGUUUUUAGUCUAUGCUGAAACAUUUGAAUACUCAGUAUCACA